AUGGAUAUUGUCUGCAAGAAAUCUCAAUCAACCACAAAUCUGAGAAAGAUGAUUUGCAUUGCGACCUGGCCAAGGAAAAUUCUCCAGCUAUGGUUGUGGUGGACUCCUCGGCGGCUGCAGCUUAAACGUCCAGUGCCUCAUGCCCUUAACAAUGGAUCAAAAGCAGGGAGAUCAAAAUUUCUGGAAUUUUCCAGUGAGAACUCCAAGGAAUCUCUGCUUGUCGGAUCGAAAUUCUCGACAAACGGCAAACUGGGCUGUUCAGUACGUACUCCUGAACAUGUGCCAAAAGGGUUUUUAGGGGUGUAUGUGGGGGCGGAGCAACGCAGGUUUGUGAUUCCUUUGAGCUGUUUGUCAAUGCCAGAAUUCCGGGGUUUGAUGGAUAAAGUUGCUGAGGAGUUUGGCUAUGAUCAUCAAGAAGGUGGUAUACAUAUUCCUUGUGAAGAGGAAAUUUUUGAGGAGAUACUGCAAAGAUGCUUGAGGUAUAUAGCUUCCAAGAGCAACAUCAAGAGGAACAAUAAAUAG